CGGUGGCCGCGCGUGACGCCAUGCGCUGCUCCCACCAAUGCGCGGUCGCGGCGCUGCGUUUUGAACGUCGGGGAUCGGCGCUAACCGCCCGGCUGCGCGCGGGGACGCUCUGCUGCUCGUGGCACCUCCGUGCGGGUGGCGGCCGGCGCCGCUCUCGGGUCGAAGAUGGCUGAGCAUCUGAAAAAGCCCUUCAAAGACAGUCUGAGCGACAUAAAGGAACGGAUGAAAGAGAAGAGAAAUCAGAAAUGGAUGACGUUGAGUAAAAUCAGCCAGAUCUCAACUGUGAAAUGCAAAAGAGCAACCACCACCUCUGUGAAAAUGAAAAGCCUCCAGGCCAACAACAAGGCUCUGGCUCAGGCUUUGCAGGAAGAAAAGCUCAAACUGAGGGAUGCUCAAGCUCUUAUCCUACAGCUAAGGAAAGAGUAUCAAGAUCUGAAGUUUCAGAUGUUUGACCUGCAAAGAAAUCUUGCAUUCAGGCAAGCACAAGGACUGGUUGAGACUAGACUGUCAGCCUUGAGUGAAAUAAUUUCAAAAGUUUCUCAGAAUUUACUGGAGUCAGUUGAUCUCCUUGGCCCAGUGAAGGAUUUGUGUUCCAGAAGCGUAAACCAGAGAGCGCGUACUUCAGUGCUUGAGAAUAAUUCCAGUGACAUAGGAGAAAGACGUUCUGUAGAGCUUCCACUGCCUGCUGAUGGAGAUGAUCAGGUACUUCAGUGUAGGUUGGAAGCUGAUUGUGAGAAAAGUGAGCUGGGUCAUUCCGUGUUCAAGACCUGUCAGGAACUUGACAAUGACACUUCCUUAACCAAAAUAAUUCCAGACAAAGGGCAAACAUCUGAUUUUCAUGUGUACAACAUUGCAUCAGUCCUGGGAGAUGUUUCUUCAAGCGGAGAAGAUGGAUUUGGUAAUAUGUUAACAAAGAAUGUGUCUACCAGGCGUCGCUGUUUGAAGAUGACAAAUAGAGAUGAACUUUGCACUGGUGUCUUGGACCACUUGGAAGCAUCUGAUCCAGCUGAAGAGCCUUUUAAACAGGAUGAAAUCAGGCUUGAGAAAAGUCUAAAUGUGUGUACUGUGGAAAACAUACACUCAGGUAUUUCUCAGGUGGACAAAGUAGGUUCAGAGCUGGUGUUAAGGCAGAUGGAUUCUGAAACUGCAAAGGUCAGUUCAGGCAACAGUUCAGAUCUUAAACAGCGUGCAUGUAAAAGCAGAGAAGACUCUCAAGUAAGGAGAGAGAAGGAUCAGAAGGUGAAAAUGGGAGGGACUAAAGAUACUUCCAGACCAAGGUCAAAGAAAAGACAAGGUAAAGAGACUUGCAAAGAAAAGUUGGACAACUUGAGUGGUUCCAGUGAUGCUUAUGAUUUUAAUUUUGAAGAGAGCGUCCAUGUUACACCUUUUCGACAAAAUAAGGUGAAUGACAGAGAUACUGAUGUGAGUGACAAAGAAGAGUCAUCCGAAUCAAAUAGCAUCGAGUUGAGUGAUACUGAAGGAGAUUCAGAUGAUAGCCUUUAUGUACCUUAUAAGAAUAAACCAAAAAAAAGGAAAAGUUCAGUGGACGAGACGGGUACAUCACCAAUCCAUGUGAGGCCAAGGUCUAAAAGAUGUCUGGCACAGCGUGAGCAGAAACUCCAUAAAGAAGAGACUGAAAAAAAGACUGAAAUCAAUAAAUCAAGUGAAAAGUCUAUUAGGCAACCUUCUAAGUCAUUUCAUGGUCAUCUCUGUGAUGUUACUAACAUUGCUUCAUCACUCCUAAGCAAAGGGAAUGUACCCGUUGGCCCUGCAGGUGAAAGAUCACCAUCUCCAAAACGCAAACGAAGAAGCUGUACACUUACUGUGAACUAUAAGGAACCAAGUAUUAUAGGGAAACUUAGAAGAGGAGAUCCAUUUACAGAUGUAUGCUUUCUGAAUUCUCCAAUUUUCAAGCAGAAAAAAGAUGCUAAACGCAAUUCCACUAAGAAGAAAUCUCUUUCAAAAUAUAAUGAGAAAUUUGUUGGUGGUUGUUGAGAUCUUCUGUGAUGCUAACAGAACUAUGAAGAGAGGAAAUCCUUCAGCCAGCAAACUUACACUAUACAGUUAUCUCUAGGUGUCUAACUGGAUAUAAAACAAAGUGGGUUUUGGUUUUAGUCAAGUGACUUAUUCUUAAGGAUGUGAGAGAUGUAAUUACUUUCAUAACUAGGGUGAUUCCACUUAAAGUCUUUUGGAAGACAACCUACUUUGUGAAUUUGUAAAUACAUCAGAAAUAUCUGAAAAAGAUGAUGAGCAAAAUUUUCUGUCUUAAAUCCUGUUUCAUCUGACUGGUUGGCGCAAGUGAACUUCAGGUACUUAAGUUCAAAUGUUAUCCAUGUUUGUACAGAUCUUAUUUAUGUAACAUUUUCAUAUUGAAGCCUAUAAUAAAAGUGUUAGUGUUGGAAAGAAGAGUUGGAGUCCUUUUUACAGGGUUUCCAUAGUUGCUUUGAAGGGUAGCAGUGUCACCUAUAGACAGAGUGAAAGCCAGUGCAUUCCUUUCCUCCUCUUCUCAUAUUGAGUAUGCUUGGAAGUAACACUGUCAAUUGUAAUUCAGUUAUGUUGCAUGAGCUUUCAAAAGCUUCAAUUCUAGUUGUUACUUCUAUAAACAGAAGUUAAACUUAAUUUGCUUUGUUCCUAAUCUUACUUGGUUAUCUGCAAAUGUUGUGAAGAGCUUUCUGUUUUGGGGACUGGGAAUAAACUGUAAGCCAGAGUAAUGAGCUUUACUGUUAUGUACUUCAGAAUUCUGGUCUUUCUGUGGAAGAACCUUUACCAGAGGAAAACUUAGUAUUUGAUACAACAAUUGACAGAAAGCUAGAAAAACUUAGCUGGAAGGAAGCUAUCCAGCAACAUUUCACUGUUCUAUAGUGCUUAAAAUAUAGUGCAUUUCUUCACUGCAGGAGCAUUUAAAAGUGUUAAUGGAUACAUUAAUGAAAAGAGGAAAGCUGCAUUCAACAUAAGUAAUGGAAAGUACAAAAAUACAGGUUCUUUACUUGCUCUGCAAGGUUGCCUAUCUUGCCUGUCCUGCUUCAAUAGUUAUUAGUGCUCUCCUCUUCUGUGAUAAAUGUAGUGUUGAUUUACUGGCAACAUUUUUAUAUAAUCAAAACACUAAACACAUGAUGAAAACACUAAAUCUCUUCUGAAUGCUACUUACUGCCUUAUGGACCAUAUGCUUUUAUGUUACUGUGUACUUCCCAGUGCCUUGUAUGCUGAUACUUCAUAAAGGGCUCUAGUGGACAUUUAAAAAAAAAAAAAAAUGCUUUGAGACUCACUUGGUUUUUCAAAGAAUUGUUUGAGUCCUUAAAGAGACUGGGAUAACAGCACUGUAGCUCAGCUAAUGGGAAGCUGGGAAUAGGUGAAAUACUUGGAACCUUCACCUCUCUCCUUACUUUCUCAUCUCAGCUUUGUAUACUGUAGUCAAUUAAAUGCUCCUGAUAAGCUUUUUGAAUAGAUUCUUUCAACUGCACAUGAAAAUGCAUUGACUGCAUUCUUACAGAUUCAUGGUACUCAGUUGUGAAAUUGCUUCAGUGUGUAUAUUUGCAAUGCAGGAACUAAAGAAAAAGAAGAAGAGACCAAGUAAGGUUUUGUACAUAUAUAAUUUAAAACUAUUCUGUACCAAUACAAUAUAUUAAUUUUACAAAUGUAAAAUUCAUCAGCUGUUAAAGCAUUUGCAAAACCACAUUCUACUGUAACUUUAUUGCACAGUAUCUAUGAAAAUAUUAAUUCUUAAAUUAGAAAACAAAUGUUUCAAUAUAGAAGAGACAAUCUGAUUGAAAUACAAUAAGAAAAUCUACUCUGAAAAUAACAAAAUUUCACAGGAUACUGAGCUUACAGGUACACCUGUAGGCCCAAUCUACAAAACCGGAUCAUAGCAUCUGGUACUGGCUAGUUAAAAAAAAAUUCUUUGUACCUUAGUUAUAGAUCCAAAUGUAGGUCAGACUAAUCUCAUGUGAAACACUGUGGCAAUUCUAGUGUUAACGUUUUGAAUACCUUGUAUAUACCACAUUUACUACCAGAUAGUUCCUUAACAUCUACUUAACUGCUUCAACAUUGCACAGGUAUUUUGCAGGAAUAUAUUCCUUGAUGCAGCACAGGGUGGGGUUUUUUCAGCCUUAUAACUACUGAAUGUUACCAGUGUAUCAUCUGUAAAUAUAAAACACUAAGACUGAGAGUUAAGUUUGUUUUUCACAAAAGCAUUAUAGUUACAAACUCUGAUUAGAAAAUGUCAAGUGAUGACUUUUUGGCCUGUCCUAUCUCAAUUAGAGAAGUUAGAAGUACCUCUUAAAUGUAGUGUAGGCAGCAAAAUAUAUAUAUUACAUAUGUGCUCAGUUUGAAGAUAUGCUAAUAUGAGUUGUAAAAUGUUAAUAUGCUCCUGGGUCUAAAUAAUCACAGUUAAUAAGUAUUUACAAUAAAGCUUGGUAGAAAAUCCAGUUUACCACAGAAGCAAGUAUAUAAGAUUGAAGCUGAAAUACACUGACUUUUGUGUACAAUAGUCUUGUCUCUGCUGAAUAACCUGAAGAAUUUAUGAGUGAAGAGUAUUAUAUGGGGUGGAUCAUGAAGUGUAUCAAAACUUUAAUGUCUUUAAGCCAAUUAAAAUUAAAUAUAGUAUAAUUAAAUUGGAGCCUUUAAAGAUAUUUUGAGUACUUAUGUCCGGCAUAAGUUAUUAUGACAUUACCUAUCUAGUCUGAUUUUUUUUUUUAAUUAUCUCUUUUAAUAGUGGUUAUGAGAUUACAAUUUGCAGGUUAAAUAUUUAUUAAAAAAAAAAAAAAA